UCACUACAUUUUCCCUGUUGGGAUUCUGGGGUGGGGAGUAGCCUUAAUUUACCCUGAGGUUGGGACCCUGCAGACAGGUGGGUUGGGAGGACCUCGAUAAAGUUCUCGGAGAGGGGAGGGGUAGAAAAACUUGAGAUCGGAGAGGAAAAGAAACUUAGGAGGUCACCGGAGGGAGGAGAAACACCGAGCAGGAAAGUGAAGGAAUAACGAAUCCAAGGAGAAGGUUGCUGGGCACGGGAUCCGCACAGCGAGUCAGAGCCGAGCGGCUGCAACUGAACGGAGCCCAGAGGCGCUUCCUGCAGCAGCCCGGGCGGCCGGAGCCCAGCGCCUCCCGAGAGCCCCCGCUGCAACUUGUGAGCCGGCCGCCGCCGCCCUUGCCUGUGGAGAGGCGCCGCCUCCAGCUCUUCGGAAAGUUGUCUCAGCUGCCGGACGAAGUAUACAAAUUAUGAGACUGAAAAAAUCUACCAUUAGAACAAGUCAGCCAGCCCAGUAGCACCAGAAGGUUGCUGAAGCAGGAGAUCUUGAUUGAUGCAUGCUUACCUCAACCUGACUUCUGGAAAAGAACAAGUAUUGCGCUGAAAGCCUGUCACCGGGAAACAGGACAAGCUUGGCCAAUAAAAGAUAUAUGAAGUGCACUGCUCAUUAGAGGUCAGAAGAGAAAUUGUGCUUGAAGCCUCAAGAGCUAUAUAGGAAUAAUUGGAUCGAGCAGCCUGGAGACCAUGGAGGGGGAUUGUCUGAGCUGCAUGAAGUACCUGAUGUUUGUUUUCAAUUUCUUCAUAUUUCUGGGAGGGGCCUGCCUGCUGGGUGUUGGGAUCUGGGUCAUUGUGGAUCCUACAGGAUUUCGAGAGAUUGUGGCUGCCAACCCUCUGCUCUUCACGGGGGCGUACAUCAUGCUGGCCAUGGGAGCAAUGCUCUUCCUGCUGGGCUUUCUCGGCUGCUGUGGUGCUGUCCGUGAGAACAAAUGCCUCCUGCUUUUUUUCUUCAUGUUUAUUUUGUUAAUCUUCCUGGCAGAGCUCUCAGCUGCAAUCCUGGCUUUUAUCUUCAGAGAAAAUCUGACCAGAGAAUUCUUCACCAAGGAGCUAAAGAAGCACUAUCAGGGGAACAAUGAGACCGAUGUCUUCUCUUCCACCUGGAACUCGGUUAUGAUCACAUUUGGCUGCUGUGGAGUGAAUGGGCCGGAAGAUUUUGAAACAGCUCCUCAUUUCCGACUCCUCCAUUCAGAUGAUGUGGUACCAGAAGCUUGUUGCCUGCGAGAGCUCCAGACCCGGGAUGGGGCAUUUGUCAGCAAGGAGGACUGCCUCAUGGGGAAAGACAUGUACCAGAACCGACAGGGCUGUUACACUGUGAUCCUGAACUCCUUCGAGACGUAUGUGUACCUUGCAGGAGCUCUCGCCAUUGGUGUUUUGGCCAUUGAGCUGUUUGCCAUGAUCUUUGCAAUGUGUCUCUUUCGAGGGAUCCAGUAGGAGGUACCCC